AUUCGCAAAUUGUCAAUACGAUCGAAUCGUUUUAAAAGAUACUGUUAAUUUUUUUUGAUGACAACAAAUUUAUUAAUUAAUUUAUGCUCAAAUGUGCAAGAAUCAAGUGAAAACAAAUGUGUUGUAGUGUAAAAAGAAGAACUUAAUAAAUAAACUCAAAAAUUAAUAAAACAAACAAAAAAAGGAAGCAUCUUUUUAACGAUAAAUUCUAAACAAAAACAAUUAUUAAAUAGUGUUUUAAGUAAAAGAUUUACUAACUUUGUAAUAAACUUAAAUAAACAAAAAUGUCCUUUUGUUUUUAGCAAAGGACUAAAAUAAACCUUAACUAAACAAUUUCAUUAAAUAGAUUUUGUUUAAACAUUUUUAUUUAAAUUUCACGUUAAUGAAAUACCGGAAUAAUCGCGGCACAAUACUGCAAAUACAAUUCAGAACAUUUUUGGUGAAGAAACAAUACUGGCACAGAAAAAGGUGUUUUCAAGACGCUUGUUGAACUUGUCGGUUUAACUUUGGAACUUUUCUACGCAUCAUAAAGCUUUAACGGAAAUGUAAAUAACUCGCCCCUUUAUUUUAAAUUGUUUGAAAAGGGUUAAAAA